AUGAUCUACCAACUUUUGAUCACCUUGACCACAGUCAACAUCCUCACCGUUUCGGCUGUAGAAGAUUGGAGAUCUCCACAGCUAAAAUCGUUCUCGUCCGCUCAGCAGGAUUGUGCUGUCUAUCUUUUGCUGUCCAAUGAAACAGUGCAACAGUAUGUGAUUAGUGGAUACCCCGAUGAGCUCAGUAGCCUUAAGCUGAUCAACUGUAUCCUUGUGCAAAUCCACGCGUUUGACGAACUCACCGGCAUCAAAGAUCAUGUCAUUACAAACUUCUUCGAUCAGCCAGGGUCGUGCAGUGAAUAUGUCGGUCGUACCCAGGAAUGUUUGCGUACCUCCGUGCCGAAACACUGCGAAGGACAACCAUUCGAACGGGCUUAUCGUUCGUUCCAGUGCUACUACCGCAACUACGGAAGUCUGUUGAUGGACACGGUCCGGUUCAUCCCAUACGAACAAGUCGAUCGAAUCAAACAUCUAACGGAGUCAUUCUCCAUUGUGAACACAUCUUGCAAAGCUUUGAGAGAACUCAGUGUGGGACAAGGAUUCAUCGUCGAGAACAUUGCGGAUCCGAUGUAUACCCUGGCCGUUCGAUCCGGAUUUUACGAUCGUGAGCACGGUCUUUACCUGGACCGCCUUUACACACAAUUCGGGAAACCAGCUCUACUUUCCGAUGCCACCCGCCAAUGCCUCGUCCGUGUCUCGCAGCAAUACCAAACGGAACCACUUCGACUCACUCAGCUGGUCUUGCAGUGCGUUGAAAGCGAAAUAUCGACGCAAUCGCUGUUCACGGAAACGGCCAGGCAAGUUUUGGCAUCGAACAGUUCGUACUGUAAUGUGUGCGAGCAGUUACCAUCUUGCGUAACUAUGACCCCUGGAGUCACGUCUGCUGCAGUGACUACCACUAGUGCGCCGUUGUCGACUUCAACCAGGCCCCCAUAUCCCUCAAUUUAA